AUUAAAUUCUAGCGCGCGUAUUUACUUGAAAAAGAUUAAUGAUUUUUGAUGUUAUCUAACAGUGUUACCAAUAUUAUUUUCGUUAUCAGAAUCUCAGAUUUGAUAUGAGAAUUUAAUGUUAUAAAUAUAUAAUGUUUAGUUUUAUUUUAAAGAAAUAUAUUAUUAUUUAUACAUGUAAAUUGAAUUUUGAAUAAGGAUUACAAUGUCUCUUCUUCGCAAAGGACAACACUGGGGCACUUUUUCUAUUAUUUGGCAUAUAUUUGAUGCAACUUGGCAAGAUCCAUUUCAAAGUGCACCUUUAAUUAAAAAAUAUCUUAUGGGAUUAUAUAAACCUAUAUAUCAUCCAUUGAAUCAAUGUGGUGAUCAUGUAAUAAUUAUAAAUAGUAAAGAUAUUGCAUUACGUGGCAAUGAGUGGCAAAAACGGGUAUAUUUUCAUCAUAAUACAUACAUUGGUGGUGCUUCUUGGACACUUGCUUGGGAAUUACAUAGUAAAGAUCCUACUUUGAUUAUUAAGAAAGCAAUUUAUUCAUCAAUGGAUGGAAAUUUACAAAGAAGAUAUACUAUGGAAAGAUUACAUAUUUUUCCUGAUGAAAAUGUUCCUAAAGACAUGUUACAAAAUGUUAGUAACCAGAUCAAGCAAUUAAGACCUGUCCCUGUUAAAUUAUGUGACAUUUCACAAGAAGAAAGAGAUAAAAUUCCAAGACUCAUAAAAUAUCCUAUUGAUUAUCAGCUCAAAUAAUUGUAAUCAUGAAUUUAAAAUAAAAUAAUUGAUAUUAUAAAAAA